AUGCAACUUCUAACUAUGAAUCAACUAUUUCCCAUACCAGCAUUUACCAGCAUAUUGUGCUCCUUCAGGUUAUUAGCUAUGGAAAUACGAAAGCAGGAUGAGAAAAAUAAUGCCUGUUUAGGGAUUCACAGUUCAACUUGGGAAAAUGUCUCGUUAAUUGUGGCUACUAAAGAGGCUCAAAAUCACGCCUCGGCUCGUGACCGCGGUGACGCCGCGCCGUGUGUCUGA